GUAAACUUUGAUGCACGCACAGCACCGCUGCCUGUCACAUAAGCCGUUGAAGGGCAUUCCUGUAGCCGUGGCCGCCCGGGUCCAGCUUUUAGGAUGCGUGUCGUCUGAAAUGCCGAUUUAUACAAUAGGAGUGGCCUGAUGUCUGUUCUGUUCUCAGCAUUCGUCGACUGCGGCAAGAAAUUUUUUUUCAUGCUUCGCCGGAGGGAAUAGAAUACGCAGCAGUAUAACUUGAACUUGCUUUGGAGGCACUCAGAAUGGCUCCGUCGAAUGUCUUUGGCCGUUCAAGCCUUCAGUCGGGCCUCGAUAAAGAAGUAUUUCAAAUUGUUCGAAAGUUCCAAGACCAGCAGCCCGAGGGCGUGUCGCCUAUCCCAUCGACUGCCGCUAUCUAUCGCUACAUCCAAGCGUCGAAUUCGUCACUCAAAAGAAAGCCCAAACAGCAGCUUCAGAACAGCAUUGAAAGAGUUCUUGCUGUUUUGAUGGAUGACGCUGCCGAGGAAGAUGACUUUGCAGAAGACUUGGGACCAAUGGACUUAGACCCGAACGAUCUGAAGCUCCCAGAUCGGUCGACCAACUUCAUGAACAAGACCAUAGUCGGAGAUUGGGCCUCUGAAUCGGGCGCUGUGACGCCUGUCGCUGGCGCCACCACUCCUAUGACGAGCGGGGAAACCAAGAAGCGAGAUUCUAACCGACAAGUCAACGGAGAGCCCCUAAAAAAGAAGCAACGUAAAGCUGAACGUCAGAUCGAUCGCUCUCCCCCAACUUCGAUACGACUCGAAGACAUUGGCGGCGUCGACAAGGUGAUGAGAACUUUGGAGAAGCAUCUUGUGUUGCCUCUGCUGAUGCCCGAAGAAUAUGUCAGACGAAAGUUCUCGAUUCCUAGGGGCAUUCUUCUGCAUGGCCCACCUGGAUGCGGGAAAACCGUUAUAUCGCGUGCCUUUGCGGCUGAGCUCGGUGUUCCAUUUGUCGAGAUUCAAGGCCCGUCUAUCGUCUCGGGCAUGUCCGGUGAAUCGGAGCAGAAAGUCCGGGAGCUCUUCGAGGAGGCACGGAGGCUUGCGCCUUGUCUGCUUUUCAUCGAUGAGAUCGAUGUCAUCGCACCGAAACGAGAGUCUUCUCAGUCGCAGAUGGAGAAACGAAUUGUUGCUCAGCUUCUUAUUUCCAUGGAUAGUUUGGCAAUGGAUCAGAACGACGGAAAACCUGUGAUCGUGCUUGCGGCAACAAAUCGUCCGGACUCUCUAGAUCCCGCCCUUAGGCGGGGUGGUCGUUUCGGGACAGAAAUCAACAUGGGCGUUCCAAAUGAGACUAUGCGAGAACAGAUUCUCAGAGCAUUGACGAGGGAGAUACCUCUUUCUUCCGACGUAGAUUUCAAGAUCCUUGCGAAAAGAACACCUGGCUUUGUAGGUGCGGAUUUGAGAGAUCUCGUGGACAAGGCUGGAGAGUGGUCCAUGGAUCAGUUUCGGAAGGCACUGAAGCUCCAGGCAGCUGAUGCAUAUGGCGUCCAACCUCGGGACGGAAUGGAUGUUGAUAACGAGCCGGGAUCUGUUAUCCAUUCCAUUCAGUUGCUCAUUAAAAGAGCGAAGAACAAGGAUGUGGCACGCCCUGCAGGAUUUGAGACGGGCGAUUUAACUAUGCAAGCAUUCCUAGAAGUACUGCCAGAGAUUCAACCGUCAUCGAAGAGAGAAGGGUUUGCAACGAUCCCUGAUACCACUUGGUCAGAUAUCGGUGCGCUGCAAGAUGUACGAGAAGCCCUCGAAAUGGCGAUUGUUCAGCCGAUUCAGAACCCACAGCGUUAUAAGAACGUUGGUAUCUCCGCCCCAACCGGAGUGUUACUAUUUGGUCCUCCUGGUUGUGGAAAAACGCUGCUGGCCAAAGCAGUUGCUCGAGAGAGCAAGGCCAACUUCAUUAGCGUUAAGGGACCUGAAUUGCUAAACAAGUAUGUCGGAGAAUCGGAACGUGCCGUUCGCCAGGUGUUCACCAGGGCUCGAUCGUCGGUACCAUGUGUGCUGUUCUUUGACGAGCUGGAUGCUUUGGUACCGAAACGGGAUGACAGUUUGUCGGAAGCUUCUUCUAGGGUGGUAAAUACACUUCUUACUGAGCUUGAUGGGCUAAGUGGCACGAGAGAAGGUAUUUAUAUUGUCGCUGCUACAAAUCGGCCCGACACAAUUGAUCCCGCAAUGCUGCGUCCUGGACGUUUGGAGACCUUGUGCUAUGUUGGCCUUCCAGGACCGGGUGAACGGGUCGAAAUACUGACAGCCCUGCUCAAGAAAACGCCAAUAAAUCCGGAACUAGCUGGCUGCGUAGCAGCGUCGACCUGCAAUGGCUAUACAGGGGCUGAUCUGAGUAGCCUUGUGAGGCAGGCUGGUCAGGCCGCAAUCAGAAGAAAUGCCGAUGUCGUCGAGAUGGAAGACUUCAUUUCUGCAAUGACUCAAGUACGACGAAGCGUUUCGGAUAAGGACAUGCUGAAGUAUGAAAAGAUGAGAAUCGAGUAUCAGAGCAAGAUAUGACGAUGAAGAAGAACGUCUCAACAUAUCAUGUUAACACUUAUUCAUUUUGAUCGUAUCUGUGCAGGAUCUCAAAUACUAGCAACAAGCAUCUUUUCCUACCCAAUCUCAUGAGUUUUCUACCAUGACAAACCCGAGCUUCCAAAAGGCCAGACGUCAUCAAAUGUGCCCCAAUUGCUUACGUCAACACGAUCAAGAAAUGCUU